AUGUAUACUGGUGGAGAUACAAGUUGGAAAGAUGGCACAGAAAUGUCAUGGCAUUAUUGGACUCAACCUUUAUCAAAUCCAUUAUCACCAAUAUUUUAUCGAGUGCCCGCUUCUGUUCAUGCAAUGGAAACAUAUUCUACAUAUAUUAGUGAAGGUGAAAUACUAGGUGGACAAGCCGAAUAUAUUCGAGUGUCAUUUGCUGAUAUUAAUUGUUUACUAAUAGAAAAUGAUGUAUCAGAUGGUAAAGCUGUUUAUUUAUUAGAUUUUAUUCCAACAGCAUAUCAUGGAUGUCAAAUUGGAAAUGUUAAACAAGGUCAAGAGAUCGGAUCAUUGAAUGUUAAUAAUAAUGAUGAAUUUAUAUUAGUUAAAAGAAACAAAAAGAAAAUUAAAACAAAUCAUCAACAUUAUCAACAUCAUCAACAGUAUCAACAUUAUCCACAACAUCAUGUAUUAUACCAACAUCAUCACCAACCUGACGCACCUACAAACAAAAAUAUUAUUACAACUAAUACAUCACUUCAACGUAAUUCUCUUUUACCAAGUACUAGUCAAACAUAUUCACAUAAUCAUGAAAUGGAUAUGAAAAAUGUUAUUUCGGAACAAGCUAUUCGAUUUGCACAAACACGUUUUCCCUUCCCACCCAUCAUUAUCAAAUUUGCACAAGAUGUCAACGAAAAUGUUAUUAUUAAAAGUAUUGAAAAACAUUUCAACGAACAUUUUUGUAUGGAUUUAUCAAUUGCUGGACACAGAUUGAAAGGUAAACGUGAUCUCAUUUUGUUUGCAGGUAAUAGAGAAUCAUUUGUUCUACUUUAUGAUGACAAAAAAUGGCCUCAACAUUUAAAUUCUAUUGUUUUUGAAAAAGCUGGUGCUAAACAUCUUCCUGCUCAAUUUUCGAUAAUAUUACGUAAUGUUCCAAUUGAUAUUAAUAUUGAUGAACUAUUGGUGAACAUAAAAAAUGAUUAUCCUGAUGUAGUUAAUGCUUUUCGUAUUUCAAAUAAAGAUGAAAAACCAACAACUUUAGUACGACUCGAUAUUAAGAGUAUCAAAAUUAUUGACGAACUAUUGAAGAAAAAAUUUAUGUAUGUUAAUAAUAUUAGAUAUACAGUUACUGAAUAUAUUAGCCCAGCUAAAGUGCUUGUCUGCACGAAAUGUUAUCAAAUAGGUCACUUUAGAGGUGUAUGUAAAAGUGAACUUCAAAUAUGUAGAACUUGUGGUACCAGUGUAAUGAAUGUUAAAGAUCAUCAAUGUGAUAAAAUUAAACGAUGCAUUCGUUGUAAUGGUCCACAUGAAGCAAGUGAUAAUCAUUGUCCAUUAAUAAAAGCAUACAGAAUAGAUUUAACAAGAUCGUUAUUAUCAACUUCUUCUAACAUUACAGGUAUGAACCAAAAUGUACAACAAAAUUAUAUAUAUAACAAAAAUGAUUAUCCUCAAUUGAAUGGUAAUAAAGAUGGUCAUCCAUGGUGUAAUGAUUCACUUACAGCUACUAAUCGACGAUUAGACGAACUUGUACAGAAGAUGGACAAGUUAAAUCAAAAUAUCAAUCGGAUAAUGGAUUUUAAUAGUAACUCUUACAAUCAACACAUUCAAAUUCAUCAGUUAAUUGUUAAACAAGAUCAUGAUAUUCAAUUACAUCAAAUAGAUUUAUCCUUUCAACAUGAUUUUGUUAGCCAGUUCGUAUCACCAAUAUGUCAAUUGAUGCUUGAUGUUAUUCCGACGAUGAUAAAAAAAAAUCUAAUAAAUGAUAAAACAACAUUAGGACAAUCAUUAUUAUCCACGUGUGAAAAAUUAGGCACUGAAUUACCACAAUGGAUGAAACGAUAUGCUGAUAAUGAAAACAUUAAAAUGAAAUUAAAAAAUGAUUUUAUAGAACAAAAACAAAAACACCUAGAAACAUCGAAUCCCGGUAAUAAUUCUCAACCAAUCCCCCAACUAUAG